ACUUUUACAUUUUAUCAUUUUUCUCAAUUUUAUUGUGGUGGAUCUCUACUUAACGUCUGCCUCUCAAUACCUUUACGAUUGCUAUUACUACUAUUAAGCUUAUCUGUAUAUAUAUACCAACGAGAAUAUCAUUAUUUUAAUUUUAAUCUUUCCUCCUUUCCCUUCUGUACAUCUUUUCUUUCUGUUUUUAUCCUACUUUGAAACCAAUUACAAAAUAUACCUUAUUCUAUAUCAAUUAUAAAGAACAAUGGCAACCACAAUCCAGCAUUCUAAUCCUGUUUUAUUACAACAACAACGACAGCAACAGACCACAAAAGAUCAAGAAGAUGAAGAUAUCGUUUUGGCUAGCUAUCUAUCCAACUCUUUAAGAUUUGACCAGACACAAGAUAUUUGGCAGCAGCAACAGCAGCAAUUACAGCAGUUACAACAGCAACAAGCUUUUUACAACACAGGUAAUUUCUAUUACUACCCCCAGCCAGCCUAUCCUGUAAAACAAACACUACCGGCACAACAGCAGCACCAGCGUUCAAACAGGGUUCGUCAACGAGUAUCAAGUAAUAACACCGUCAGUAGUAAUACAUCACUGAACCAUCAUUUACCAUCCAAACAUCAAUCUCCCAAGAAGUCCUCUUCAACGUCUGCUCUGCCGAAAACAAGCAAUUUAUCGUCAACAUCCGCAUCAUCAUCACCUACUACAUCAUUCAUUUCUACUACUACUGCACGUCCAAAAAUGAAACAAGCUCCCUCCUCCUCUGGAUCGUCUACUACUUCCGCCAGUCAAUCCGUAAAUAGCAAUAGGCGUCGUUCCAUCACAACCAUGAAUACCUUACAGCAGCAAUUGCAGAGGGACCGUCGUCCUUCCAUUAGUGAAUCUAUUAUCUCUAGUUCUGCUGCUUCAAUCACUUCGGAAAUGUCUACCAGCUCAAAACUAUCGCUUUCUAAAAAGCUUCGAAAAGUUUUUAGUAUGAACAACAUGAAGUCAACCAUAGCCUCACAUGAUCUGAAUACAUUGAAAAAAAGAAACGGGUCCAAUUCCUCCGUGGUUUCAUCCAUCGCCAGUGUAGCUCGUUCUUCAACAUCUUCAAUAGAGACGACAUCAUCAACAAAGAGCUCUUUUAGACGUAGAUCUAUCGCUUCACUAUCAGCUUUAUUUUCCAGAAACUCCAUAGCUUCUACCUCUACAACGUCCUCAACCACAAUGUCAACAGUAUCUGAGGUAGCAGAAGAUAAUUCUACUUCUUCAGCGACAUCGAACAUCAACAAAAAGAAUACAACAGCGACAAGAAAACAUUCAACAGGCGAUCUGCGUCAUCUCGUAAAAAAGGACAAAAAAAAGACUCUCCAUGGUGAUACUGUUAGUUCAGGCAAUACUCAGCUUCGCGUAGAUACAACAGCACGAAAAGGGGUGUUAAAAGUUCGAACGUCCUCCUCAACCUCUAGUGUUGCUCCCGAGUCGCCCAAUUCUGCAAUUUCAACACGAUCAUCUAUUUCCACAAGGCAUGCUACCGCCACUAAUACUGCUCGUACAUUCAUUCAAUUACCUGAUCCUGGUUUACCUUCACCUACACCCUCUACAAGCUCUUCAUCAAAGGUUGAUAAUCAUCAUAACAAUGAAGACUCUACUAAUGCCAUCACUAAGCCCAAUGUAGGCUUCCAUUAUGGAUUUGGAUUGCACAAUAGCUCACCCAGAUUGAGGCCCACUGCUAAUUCCUCUACCAGCUCACUGGCAAUCGUUCAAACGCCUAUCAAUGAAGAAGAACAAAAGAGAUUAAUUAGAAAGAUACGCUUCGACCCUACAAUUACAGUUCAUGAAACUUUCCAUGCUUCUGAGUACGACCGUCGCUGUGAUAAUAAUGCUACUUGUCAAAAACUGACACCAGCUCUUGCUUUGAAACUCAAGCAAGAGUUGAAUGAAUAUAAAUUGAUGGAAAUGGAAGUUCAUGUGGAAAGCAGACAAUAUACUCAAUUCUUCUUGUAAUAUUAACUUAUCUCUAACUAAAAAACAUCCUUUUCAAUAUCAUUAUUUACUACUUAUCAAAGCAAACUUUUUCGGUUUUUACGAGCUUUAAAUACAGUCAUUCACUUAAUAACUUUCAAUGUCUCUCUAUUUUAUUUUAUUUUACUUUUAUAUAUAUAUAUAUAUAUAUAGAAUGAAUGUACGCUUGAAACAAAUAAUAAUUUUAAAGCCU